UGAAGCGCUUGUACCCACGUGACCCGGAGACCAAGGAAGCAGAAGUUGGAAGAUGGUAAGGAAAUAAACAAAUGUAGAUCUCUAUUAUGGUUCUGCGAUCUAUUACGGUCAGUUAGAUUCGGUGUAGCUGGUAUUUUGUCUAAAGACCAGUUUAAUACUUACAAUGUCACACCGAAUGUGUUAGCCUUUGUCCAUUUUAUUGAUACACCUUGUUGAACGGGGUGUUUUGAGUUGCGCUUUCAUUGCUCUGGAAAUAAUCCACGCAUCGACCAAAGACCUGCGUGAGAGAAGGACAUCGAUCACAUCUCUGUUAGGAUCAGACUCUUAACGGACAGAAUGCAGAGCACCACAAACUACCUGUGGCUGAUCUCAGACCUGCUGGGUCAGGGGGCCACUGCCAAUGUCUACAGAGGAAGGCACAAGAAAACGGGGGACCUGUACGCGGUGAAGGUGUUCAACAACCUGAGCUUCCUGCGACCGCUGGACGUCCAGAUGAGGGAGUUUGAGGUUCUGAAGAAGCUCAACCACAAGAACAUCGUCAAGCUGUUCGCCGUCGAAGAAGAGGUGUGUACCAACACGCGCCACAAGGUCCUGGUGAUGGAGUACUGUCCGUGCGGCAGUCUGUACACGGUGCUGGAGGAGUCGUCCAACGCCUAUGGCCUCCCCGAGGACGAGUUCCUCAUCGUGCUGCAGGACGUCGUGGCGGGGAUGAACCACCUGAGGGAGUACGGCAUCGUGCACCGCGACAUCAAGCCGGGGAACAUCAUGCGGGUGAUCGGCGAGGACGGCCACUCCGUCUACAAGCUCACCGACUUCGGCGCCGCGCGAGAGCUGGAGGACGACGAGCAGUUCGUCUCGCUGUACGGCACCGAGGAGUACCUGCACCCUGACAUGUAUGAGCGCGCGGUGCUGCGCAAGGACCACCAGAAGAAGUACGGUGCCACGGUGGACCUGUGGAGCAUCGGGGUCACCUUCUUCCACGCCGCCACCGGCAGCCUGCCCUUCAGGCCCUUCGAGGGCCCGCGCCGCAACAAGGAAGUCAUGUACAAGAUCAUCACAGAGAAGCCGUCCGGGACCAUCUCCGGCCAGCAGAAGUUCGAGAACGGGAACAUCGAGUGGUCCACAGAGAUGCCCGUGUCAUGCAGCCUGGCCAAGGGUCUCCAGAGCCUGCUGACCCCCGUGCUGGCCAACAUCCUGGAGGCGGACCAGGAGAAGUGCUGGGGCUUCGACCAGUUCUUCGCCGAGACCAGCGACAUCCUGCACCGCACCGUGGUGUACGUGUUCAGCCUGCAGCAAGCCGUGCUGCACCACGUCUACAUCCACGAGUACAACACGGCCACCCUGUUCCAGGAGCUGCUGUCCCGGCGGACCAGCAUCCCCCCGCACAACCAGGAGCUGCUGUACGAGGGCCGGCGGCUGGUCCUGGACCCCAACCGCACCGCCAAGAGCUUCCCCCGCACCACCCGCGACAACCCCAUCAUGCUGGUCAGCCGCGAGUCGGUGGCCACCGUCGGACUCAUCUUCGAGGACCCGAGUCCGCCUAAGGUCCAACCCCGAUACGACCUUGACCUGGACGCCAGCUACGCCAAGACGUUUGCAGGCGACGUGGGCCACCUGUGGAAGACCUCAGAGUCGCUGCUGGUCUAUCAGGAGCUGGUUCGCAAGGGGGUCCGCGGACUCAUUGAGCUGAUGAAGGAGGACUACAGCGAGAUUGUGCGCAAGAAGUCUGAGGUCAUCCACUUGUGCAACUACUGCAGUCAGAUCCUGGAGAGGACCGAGCAGAUGUUCGUGAUGAUGAUGCAGACGUCGUACAGCGAGCUGUCGGACAUGCACGACGAGCUGUCUGACAUGCAUAAAAAGGUGUUGAGAAUCUCCAGCUCCCUGGACCCCAUGGAGAGGACCAUGCAGGACACCAAGAGCAAGUUCCAGGCUGGGGGCCUGCUGACGGACGCCUGGGCCCAGCAAGUGGGCACCCACCCCGAGGACCGCAAUGUGGAGAAAAUCAAAGUCCUCCUGGACGCCAUCACGGCCAUCUACCAGCAGUUCAAGAAGGACAAGGCUGAGCGCCGUCUCCCCUACAACGAGGAACAGAUCCAUAAAUUUGACAAGCAGAAGCUGGUACUGCACGCCACCAAGGCCCGUUCCCUGUUCACGGAGGAAUGUGCCAUGAAGUAUCGCCUCUUCAUCUCCAAGAGUGAGGAGUGGAUGAGGAAGGUUCACCACGUGAGGAAGCAGCUGCUGACGCUCUCCAGUCAGCUGAACAGCAUCGAGAAGGACGUGUCCAUGCUCAUGGAGCAGGUCAUCAAGCUGCAGGAGCUUCUGCCCCAGAAGGUCCGGCCGCUGCCGUCUGGAGGUCUGAAACCACAGGCCUACCUGAGCCAGAACACCCUGGUGGAGAUGACCCUGGGCAUGAAGAAGCUCAAAGAGGAGAUGGAAGGCGUGGUGAAGGAGCUGGCGGAGAACAACCACUUCCUGGAGAGAUUCGGCACUUUGACACUGGACGGAAGCUUAAGAAAUGUCGACAGAAUAUAAGCCUACACCCCCCACCUUACCCUUCCAGUAUCCCCCCCCCCCCUAAUUUUAGCCUCACUCUUUCUUUAACAUUUGCCGAUGCUGGACUAUAUUUUGUAUAUACACUCACUGUGUCUUUUGUGUUGUAAAUACUAAUGAUUCCCCACACCCACAUAAGGAGUGUUGGGUCUUUUGUAUGUCGUGGUUGUGUGCGGGCAAUCUGUUUUAAGGCAGAAAUAAGGAACAAACGUGAGUCGAGUAGUUCUAAGCGGACCUGGCAUUUUCUAUGGAAGGCCUUGUAGCCCUUCGCUACGCAUUAGCGGUGUGGGAGAAUACGCAUUACUCAUUUACCGAAGGUUUAUAUAUCGCCUUAAGUUGCAUACCUUUCUGCUCACCUGAUAUUUGGUCAAAGGAGCAUCGCUGUAACUGGCCUUGGGUCUUCGGUCAAGGCGAUCGGUGGUUGUUGUGUUCGGAUGCUUGCUUUCAUGAGUCCGUAGGAUCAGGGCGUUUAAAUGCAUAGUCUGUGUGUGUGUGUGGUGGUCCGUUGUGUGACAGAUUGCAUGGUGGCUCUCUCCUUCCGUCUGUGCCCUAGAGGCAAAGAUAUGUCCGGCCCCACCAUCCUGUCACUGUUAGAACAGCGCUUCCAUUCGGCGUAACAGAUGGAAGUAUUCAUGUAAAGCCUGUAAAUAAAUAAAUAUCAGUUCAACUGCUC